AUGGAUAUCGAUCAAGACUCUCGAAUCUCCGCCGCAUAUACAACGCGUCUCGACCAAACCCUCCAAGAUCUUCAAGAUCGAGUCAAGGAGCAAGAAGCUGCACUUGCAAAGCUCCGAGCAAAAACCUCAAUCCCCAUAUCUUCCGGACCAUCACCAGACCCCCAAAUUCACCUCCACCAACUCCGCGCUCUGAAACACGCAUACGAUACCCUCUCCGCCACACCCCCCUACCUCCCACCUCCCAAAUCCGUCCUCCCCGCCCUCCUCGCCCACCGCACCACCACAUCCUGCAUCCAAGAAACCCAAGAAUGCAUCACCACCAGCUCACAUGACCUCUCCACCAUCACCACGCUCCUCCAAAAAGAAAAAUCCGACCACCAAGAUGCCCUCUCCAUCCAAUCCGCGCUCCAAUCGCGCAUUUCCGCCCUCACAACCCAACUCACGCAACAAACCCAAAAAUCUCCCUCCCAGAUCUUUUCCGAGCUGCAAUCCUCCUUCCAAACAGGCAAAACACACUACGACACCGAAACGGGCAAUCUCAUCCGCGCAUUCAAUUCCUUCAUCGAUACACAUCUCGCAUCCAUGCUCGCCGCCGAAGAACUCGGCGGCCCCAUCGUAGGCGAAAUGCUCUCCAUCACUCCACAAACCCUCAUCGCCGGUUUCAGCACGCAGGGAAAACCCAAAAAGCCCAAGGAAAACCCAAACAUGGACAAGCGCCAGCGUCGCAUCGACGAAAUCUGGGGUCCCAAACCAUCCCUCGACCCAGACGACGACGAGGACGAAGCAGAAGAAGAAGAAGAAGAAGAAUGGGACGAAACACGUGCCGCCGCCGCAGAAAUGCGCGAAUUGGCCGAACAGCUGUUGAACGGAUUAUUGGAAGCCGAUGAGAGUGGCUCGGGUGGAUACGUCACGCUCGAGAGAGAUAGUGCGGCGGCGAGAUUCCUGGUCAGGAGUAAAGUGGCGCAGUAUCAUUUCAAGGAUGCGCGGAAAUUGAAGCUGGUUGAUUUUGAAAAGGAUAUUGUGUGA